GGAAGAGGAGGAGGAGGACAAAGAGGAAGAGGAAGACAAAGAGUGGAAAUAUCUGAUGAAAUUCGAGCAACAGUCAUAGACCAUGUUCUUGUCCAUGGACUGACAAUGAGGGAAGCAGGACUUAGAGUGCAACCCAAUUUGAGCCGAUUUUCUGUGUCCACCAUAGUAAGGACAUUCAGAGAAGAGAACAGAAUUGCAAGGCUGCCACAUGCAGGUGGAAGGACACUUAUAUUCACUCGGGAGCAAGAGGCCGUUAUAGUGGGCAUGGUCCUUCAAGAUAAUCUAAUACGACUCAGAGAAAUCCAGGAACGAGUGAUACAAGACAACACACACUCCCAGGGAAUCGACAGUGUGAGCAUUUCCACAAUUGACCGUGUCCUCCAUCGAAACAGGAUGCGAAUGAAACAAGUAUACAGAGUACCUUUUGAGCGCAACUCACCAAGGGUGAAAGAACUGCGAGCUCAGUAUGUGCAAACAAUAUUUGACUUGGAAUCCUUGGACAGACCCCAUGAGUUCAUCUUUGUCGAUGAAGCAGGCUUCAAUCUAACGAAGAGGAGAAGGAGAGGCCGAAACAUGAUUGGACAGCGGGCCAUUGUUGAAGUCCCUGGUCAACGAGGUGGCAAUGUCACAAUCUGUGCUGCUAUCAGCAACCAUGGUGUUCUGCAUCACCAUGUUACACUCGGGCCAUAUAAUACCCAGCUUCUUCUAAGAUUUGUUGCAAAUCUAAGAGAUAUUUUAUUUGAGCAGCAGGUUCAAGAGCAGCAGGGUCAAGAGCUAAAUGACAAUCCCAUUCCCACCUAUGUGAUAGUGUGGGACAAUGUCAGUUUUCACCGAGCUGCUCAGGUAAGGGAAUGGUUUAACAUCAAUAGGCAGUUUAUGAACCUGUACCUCCCUCCAUACUCUCCUUUCCUGAAUCCGAUUGAGGAGUUUUUCUCCUCUUGGAGAUGGAAAGUUUAUGAUAGACAACCCUACACAAGAGUAAAUCUGCUGCAAGCCAUGGAUUUAGCCUGUGGUGAUAUAGGUGAGGAAUCAUGUCAGGGCUGGAUACGGCACACAAGAGGCUUCUUCCCCCUUUGCCUCAGGAGGGAAAAUAUUGCUUGUGACAUCGAUGAAGUGCUCUGGCCUGACCCAGCCCAAAGACAAGAAGCACAUUGA